UCCAAAUCUUGGGGUGGGAGGACGCGAAGGGGGGCUGACGACAUUUCCGUAUGGAAAAGGUUUAUGGCUCCAAGGGCAACGUCGUUGCCAAUUCGAAAGGGGUGUUGUUGGACCUCCAAUUGUGUGAGGGGUUCGGAGUGGGUGUUGUGGAGACCCCGUUCUACAGAGAACUCGUUCUCGUGGGUGGUUUUGUUUUGGCGCGUGAGUUUUUCGACAAGCUGGAGGACAAGAACUUCGUUCUCGACGUCCCCUGCGACGUCGGCCCCUCCCUGGAGCUGUCGUUGCCGUUCAGGCCGUGCGGCGGUUACGAGUCAAGCGGGGCGGCGGCGGAGGGCGGUGAUCUGGGUUCUGGUCUGGCUACUCAGCUGCACCGUGGCGAGAGUCGGGGACAGUUCGACGACAGCGAGGACGAGGGGCCUGCAGUGCCGUUGAGGGACAGGCGGCGGUCUGUGUUGUCUAUUCCUGGGGUCGACAUUCGCGAUUCGGUUCAACGGGAGAGUGCGGAACCUACAAGAAAGGUGGCAGCCUCUUCGGAGGUCGACUUGGAGGCGAGCGAGGGCCAGAGUGUGGAUGAGGUAACCGCGGGCGGCCUGGGCACGCAAGGCACUCCGCAAAAGAGGAGGGGGGAUCGCACAGACGAGUUCGUCGGUUCUACGAAGAAGCUGAAGAGCAAGGCCCCCAGGACUGCAGGAGAGAAACGCAAGGGGACCGAGGGGGAGCAGGGCCGGCAGGUUGCCAAACGGUCGUCUUCGAGAGAGAAGCAGCCUGCGUCUGGAACGUCUUCUCCACCGACGGAAAGGCCUCCAAUCGACGUCGACGCCGGGUAUUUCCUCGAGUACAAAGACGGCGUUCGGACAAAGAGGGAGUUCGAGGUUAGCCCUGCGCAGGUCAUCAACCUCGGAGAGUGGGAGGACAUGUACAACCAGCGGUCCUUGGAUCCCGUGCUUGUGGAAGAAAUCAAAGAAGCGAUGCGGUUGGCGUUCGAAAACAAAGCACAGUCUUACGAUUUGCCUACCCUGAAGCUGGCACCGCUGGGGCUUGAUAAACUGACUCCGGGGACCAAGGCAGAACGUCUGAGGCCGGAGGAAUGGAUGGAUGAGCUGGCGGGGCAAUACUACUACUACGUGGUGUGUGGGCAGCACAACGCGGCUGCAACGAGGUCGCUGCUCGGCAGCGAGGUGGCCAGGAAAUACAAUUUCGAGCGGUGGCCUGCAUGCAUGCUCUACUUUUCGGACGACGACUUCGAAGGGCACUUCCUUGUCAGUUCCCAGGACAACAAGAAGGACCUGAAGGCGCCCCCGAGACAGCUGAAGCUGUCAAUGAAAGACAUUAGGUGGCAGUGGAAGCGCGACGGGUGCCCGCGUGCUCUUAUGGAAAACUGCAGCGGAAAACAGGAUCAGGUCCGAAAGUGGCGUGAAUUUUGUGAAGUCGCGCUCAAUAUGACGCUGCACAACAACUUGCGGAUGCUGGCAGAUCAGAAGGGCGACGACGCCAUCAGGAAGCAAGGCGCUGCCCUGCGUUCCUAUUUCCCGCUGGCAAUGGCAGGGGAGAACGUUUGGAAACUGGUCGUCGAUUUUUUUGUGAAAUGGGAGACUGGUAGAUUGCUCGGCCACGGCGGCGCAAAGUGGAUCAUGCGGAAGAAGAAGGUCAAAAAUGUGAAGCCCGGGGUUGCCUACAUCGAGAACGACAAGACGGGCAGGAAAGAGGUCGUGUACAACGUCCCUGUGGACCCGCCGACAAAGAAAGGCAAAAAGGAGAAAGAGGAGGGCGACUGGUUCGUGCAAGUGCCUGAGCCAGACGCACAUUGUUGGAAAGCGAUGGAGUCGCUGACUGACAACGAGAAGCGCCGCGUCUUGAAGAAGGUGCUCGCUUGCGAGGUGGUUUGGGUCCAGGCCGGCUCCGCGGCGUUGGCGAAGCUCGGGAAGCUGAGCGUCCAAGACAUGGUUCAUUUGGUGAAGUGCGACCGGGUGCUGGUGCGUCUGUGGAACUACUACCAGUUCUAGCACGGGAAGAGGCCGGACGCGGAUUGGAGCCAGAGGUGCCCGUUCC